AAUCCCUCCCAAACCAUCUUCCUCCUCCUCCCCUGUCCCGACCAGCCCGUUAAUGUGUAUGUGUAUGCGUAUGUGUGUAUGCGUGGGACUGUGACACGUAACUUUGUCCGUUGACGUGACCAGGCAGGAUACCUCCACCUCGGGCAGGGAGAGCAGAGGGACCCCCCCGCCCCCCCCCCAUUGUCCCGAGUCAAAAUCUGUUUUAUUCUGAAUAUUUCGCAGCAUGGAGCCGAGGGACGCAGUAGCAGGUGCUCUAGUGAGCAGUGAUGGAGAGGAACACACUGCAAAGAAGGACGCAGCUCCUAAAAAAGACAAACCACAGACUAAAAGCAAGAUGGAGCAGAUCUUCGGCUUCAAGAAGGAGGACCUGACCUCCUGGCAUAGCCUGGUGGCCCUCCUGAACCGUCCCACUGACCCUGCAUCCCUCGGCAUCUUCCGCUGCCUCUUUGGUUUGCUGAUGGCCAUCGAUGUCACACAGGAGCGUGGCCUCAGCCACCUGGACUACAAGUACCUAGAUGGGGCUCCAGUUUGCCGCUUUCCCCUCUUCAAUUUUUUACAGCCGCUACCACUGGACUGGAUGUACCUGGUGUAUGUGGUGAUGUUCCUUGGCGCCUUGGGCAUCAUGCUUGGCUGUUUCUACCGUCUCUCCUGCCUAAUGUUCAUCUCAACCUACUGGUACAUCUUCUUUCUGGACAAAACGGCCUGGAACAAUCACUCGUACCUUUAUGGCCUGGUUGGAUUUCAGCUCAUACUCAUGGAUGGCAACAGAUACUGGUCAGUCGAUGGAUUGCGGAGACCUUCUAUAAGAAACGCUCAUGUGCCUCUGUGGAAUUACACUGUGUUGAGGACACAGAUAUUUAUAGUAUACUUCAUCGCUGGAAUCAAAAAGUUGGAUGCUGAUUGGGUAGAGGGAUACUCCAUGUCUUACUUGGCACACCACUGGCUUUUUGAUCCUUUCAAAGUGAUUUUCCCUGUGGAGUUAGUAAGUCUACUUGUGGUGCAUGGAGGUGGUCUUGUUCUGGAUCUGACAGCCGGCUACCUGCUUUUUUUUGACGCCACGCGACCUUAUGCGUUUUUCUUUGUCUCCUACUUCCACUGUAUGAACUCUCAGCUCUUCAGCAUUGGAAUGUUUUCAUACACAAUGCUGGCCACCAGUCCUCUCUUCUGCUAUCCUGACUGGCCGAGAAGAUUCUUUGCCCAUUUCCCAGCGUUCCUCAGGGCGGUCCUGCCAUUCACCUCACCGGACUCUCAGCCCAGCCCUUCUUGUGUUUACCAUGAGACCCAGAGCACCAGGUCCGAAGGCCAGGAGACCCAGCCUGUCACCAGAGCUUCCAAACUGAAGCUCAAGCACAAGUUGGGAGCCAUUUUUACUAUUAUCUACAUAAUGGAACAGUUCUUCCUGCCUUACUCCCACUUCAUCACACAGGGUUACAACAACUGGACCAAUGGCUUGUAUGGCUACUCUUGGGACAUGAUGGUUCACUCCCGCACCCACCAGCAUGUUAAGAUCACCUACAAAGAUGGGAAAACUGGAGAAAUCGGAUAUCUGAACCCAGGGGUGUUCACACAAAGCCGUCGGUGGAAAGAUCACGGCGACAUGCUGAAGCAGUAUGCCACGUGCCUCAGUCAGUUUCUGCCUCGCUAUAAUAUCUCUGAUCCAGAAAUUUACUUUGACAUCUGGGUGUCCAUCAAUGACCGAUUCCAGCAAAGGAUCUUCGAUCCCCGCGUGGACAUCGUGAAGGCUGAUUGGUCGCCUUUCCAACCAAACCCAUGGCUGAUGCCUCUCCUGGUGGAUCUCUCACCUUGGAGGACCAAGUUCCAGGAAAUUGAGAGCAGUUUGGACAACCAGACUGAGAUUGUCUUUAUUGCCGAUUUCUCGGGUCUCCACUUGGAAAACUUUGUGAGCGAAGAUCUGGGCAACACCAGCAUCCAUGUGUUGCAGGGCAAGGUGAACGUUGAGAUAGUGGAGGAGAAAAGGAAUUACAGUCUUCAGCCUGGUGAGCAGAUGAAGGUACCUGCAGGGGCUUAUCAUAAGGUGUACACAGUGUCUGAAGAUCCUUCAUGCUACAUGUACAUCUAUGUCAACACUACAGAGGCGGCGCUGCAGGAGAACUUCACCAAGCUGUUUGAGCUCCAGGAGCGCAUUCGCAACGGGACAGAAACCGAGCCUCUUCCUCCUGAGCUGCAGCCUCUUAUGGCUGUGGACGAUCACGAAGGGUCGGAGGUCAAUGCCACCGACCCGAUUGUGCGGCUGUUCCUGAAAAGGCAGCGUCGCAUGAAGGAAGUGAAGAAACGCAGGGAGGCCGGCAUGCUGGAGCGACUGGAACGGUUUGCUGUGAAAAAGUACUAUACAAUACGGAGGGGAUUCUUGAUGACAGCUAUUGCUAUGAGGAACCUGGCUGUGGGCCUGCCUCCUCUGGAACAGCUGACAAGAGAAGUUGCCUUUGCCAACAUGAAAGAACCUCAGGCUGAAGCCAACCAGGAUGAGCGACUCAAAGAUGAAGUUGGUCACGGAGAACUUUGAAGCUCCUGCUGGGACCAGAGAUACUCCAGCAGAUGCUGGAUCACACAUUCCUAAGAAAUGUGUGUGUUAUCACUACUGGACUGUUACUACAUUAGGACACCGCUGCCCAGAAAUCAAAGAAUUUUUAAUUUUCUAUGCUUCUGAAAUAUUUGGCAUUUCAGAUUAUUUUCAGUAUUUUACCAUAGCAUUUGCUUAUGAAUCUGAAUUUUUGCUGAGUUUCUGUUACAGUUGCAGCAAAAACAAUAUGCAGUACGUUCACAGAGAUUCACUGCUUUGCUGUGUAAUAAAUUUUGUCUUUGGUUUAAUUUUGUUUAGGAAUUUUAGAAUAGCAUUAUAGCUGGGUGAUAUGACCAAAAAGAAAAUCCAAGGCAUUGACAUUAAAUUGAGAGCUAUUUAAAAAUCAGCGCUCUAUGACAGUUACAAGUUUGCAUUAUAUGAUCUGCUGGAAGAUCAUAUGUUAACAACGCUAAACCAUUAAUGCUGCUUUGUUUUGAAUGAAGAUAUAGAUCAGAGGUGGAAACAUGACUGAAUGAUGAAUGGCUGUAUGUUUUUUUUUAUAUAUAUAUUUAGAAGGGGACGCAUUUUAAAGAGCACCAUGACAGGCAUGAUGGCAUGAUAAGACCGGUCAACUCCUGUUGGUACAUUUACAUUUUAUUGCUCAGCUGUAAUUUCAGAAAUUCUGCCUAAAUAAUUUUCAGUUUGCAGAUUUACAAAUAUACAAGUGUGGAGGUUUACUCUGUUUUCAGGGAAUACACUUCUCUGAGUGUCUAUGCUAACCCUAUAAUGUGAUAAAAAUGGGAAGAAAACAAUUGUUAGCUUGUCAGUUGACGGCCUUUUUUUAAAUCACUUUUCUAAUAAAGAGUUUAUGCUGUCAAUAAACCUGAUGUGAUUUGAAU